CACGCGCCGGUUUACUCUACCUUAAGAUUUCCCGCGACAGUUAGUUAGCAAGAAAAGUACAACUGUUUUUUACAUUUUAUUAUCAGCAACAUGUCUGCUUCGUCGUAACCGGCUAAAACUAUCACCAAAUGCGUUGUAGCUACAAAACAACACAUGUAAAUCAGUCGUAGCGGUCCUAAAUUAGACUGUUUGCUGUAAUUUGUGAAAUCUGCAGGUUAUCAGUUCAGUAAUGCAUACAGAGGGGACACUGACACACACCACUGUUAGCACCAUGGACACUGAGUGUGUGUCGCUGCUUCCGCGGGUGUGUGAGGUUCUGGCGGACUCAGGACGGUCCCUGCCCGAUGAUACCAGCCUGGAGAAGCUUCUGGACUGGUUCACAGGGCUCAACAAGGCUGGUGGCUCUCUGCUCACAACCUGCCCAUGCCUCCUGGAAUUCAUAUCCACUGUGAUUUCCAACUCCACCUCAGACCCUGCUGUCCUCUCCUUCACCAUCAAACUCACUGGUUUAAUGGCUGCCACUGAAGAUGGCUUCAGGACGCUGCAGGAGUGCUCUGCUCUGGACUUGGUCUUCAACCUUCAGCCCUGGCAUGAGGCAGGGCUCUGGGAUGAUCCCUGCAUACGUAUUGGAUGGAUCCAGGGCAUACGGAGCAUGCUGAUGCACCCUAAGGCUUUGUGUUUCUUUGUGCAAUCAGGUUUUAUUGAUCCCCUCCUGCAGCUCCAGACAGACCCAAGUUUAUUUGUAGCGUCAGCAGCCAAUCAGCUGCUUGCACAUAUCCUGGUCUUCUUUCAACCUAAUUCAUUUCCAACAAGAAAUGACAAUGAUAAACAAGCUGCAGAUGGCGAGAGAGCACAUACCUGCUUCAAAGCAUCUACUGCUAUAGACACAGAGCACCUGGUCCUCGAUAUGGAAAACUCCUCUGAAUACACUGCUGUUAUCAUGAUGAUUUCUCAGUAUCUCAAAGAGUCACUAGUUCCCAAAGAAAAAGCUCAGAUCCAUCAGAGCGUGCAGACCCUUAAACUGCUGGUCCUUCUUCUGAAUCAGGCCAGACCUCCGCUCAGGGACGACCUACUGCACUCGGUCUUAGACUCUCUAGAAGCUCUGGUGAAAAGUGGACACAGUCAGCUCACACUGCCUCUGAUGGACGCCGUUCUGGCUGCAAACAGCACUGAUGAACAAGGUGUUACUCAUCUUCUGUCUUCCAUGUUGGAGAUGAAUAAACCUUCUGAGCUCAUUCAGGCAGCAGCGGCUUUUCUCCGCCGAGGCCCUCGUGACUCCACCCACACACCUAAGGCUGUGAGGACACUUUUACUGCCCCUUGACAUUAUCACCGGUCACUGUCUAGCAGGUGCAGACGCUGCAGCAGAUCAGAGUUGGAGCCAAAUGCAAGAGCAGCUGAGGGGUAAAACAUCAUGUAUCUCCAUCAUCUGUAUCUGUCUAACAAACACAGCUCAGAUCACACUCAUGCCCCCUGACGUCCUGCCCUGUCAUCCUGGUUUGAUCAUUAGUGAAGUUGUGUCAUUGUUACGGAUCUGCAGCGGGGACUCCUCUUCUUCUUCAUCCAUCGGCUGCACUGAGGCUUUGAGGAACAUCGUUGGAAGUGGGAAGGUUCAGAAAUGUGCUCUGGAGGCUCUAGCAGUUCUCAGUAACUGCUCAGGAGCAAAGGAUAAAGUAAAUGAGGUGUUCACGGUUCUGAUAAAUUAUCUGGACAACCCUAAUUCUGACCCCACUGUUCUACAUAAGUCUUAUCACGCUUUGGUGAAGUGGACGAGCAUGUGGACGGACGUUAUGACAGAGCAGCUCAGACGAGAUCUCAUCAAGGUGGUGAAGAAGCGUGUGUGUGACAUGCGUUGGGAGGUGAGAGACUCCACAGUGGAGUUUGUGGGACAGCUGGCGUAUUCGUCUGACGCCCUGCUGGACGGCUGCUGUACCACUCCUCUCCUCAGGGAGGUGCUGCAGGAUCAAGAGAGUUAUGUGAGAGCCAGCGCAGUCUCUGCUCUGGCACAGACUCUGACACGCAGCUGGCAGCAGGGGGCAGCACCAACACAGGAGCAGACUGACAUCGUGAACAGACUUCUGGGAAUUCUGUCAGAAGACUCGGAAGGUUUCGCCAGGAGGGCAGUGGUCAAAUUCUUCAUCUCCUGGUUCUCUUCAUGUGCCUCACACUCACCUCCGUCCUCUUCCUCCUCCUCUUCUUCACUUCUGAUGAAGUCCGUGUGUUCAGUCCUUUCCCUGGGCAGCGCUGAUCUGGACUGGGAGGUCAAAGUUCACACUCUGGAACUGGCCGAGCUCCUGAUGGACGCGGUGCUUUCAGGUCAGCGAGGGUACAGGAAAGACCGCAACACUGACCCCGCCCCAUCGCACCCCUACGCCGUCGCUUCAGCCCGGACACACUCACUCCACCACACGUCUGGUCAAACGGGUGGUGAAGAGUCCGGUUUGGUGGGUACACUGGAGAGUCUGGUGGAGGUGGGGGUGGUCUCCGUCUUAUUGAGCGGUCUGGUCGACUGUGACCGACCUGUGGGACUCAAAGCCUGUCGACUGCUCCUAACACUCAGAGACACAGUUUGCUGUCUGGAUGGGACUGCGGCCAUGGCAACAGCUUCUACAGUAACCUGUGAACUGCCAUGCCAGGGGUGGGGCCAGGAGAUCACGAAGACACUGGGACAAACGACGAGGAGGGGUCUGAACGGUGCAGACGAGGCUGAGUCUGUGGAGUGUGACGAUGUGAGCGCAGGAGUCGGCGGUGUGUGUGUUAGUGUGUGUGAUUUGUUGAGAUCUCUGGGUUUAGACGACAGAUUGACCGUCCUGAGUCGGAGCAGUGACCACGUCCACAACUCUCCCCUGUCUCUGCUGCAGGACAUACUGACCGCCAGCGCCGCUCACACCCACACAGACUCACAAACAGGAGAAGAGGUCAUAGUGGACUGUUACUAGAUGUCAGCCAGGAAUGGAUUUACAAAACACAUAGUUUCUACAGCUGUUUUUCUAAAGCCAGAGUGUCAUACAUACAGCCCUUGGGCCAAAACCAGCCCACCACAGGGUCUAUGACGGCCUGCCGGAUAAAUCUGUGAAAUGCAAAAGUUACACUGAAGAU